AGCAUGCAGUGCGCGCCCGGCCGGUUUCCCCUCUGUCUCUCCUCCGCCCCCUCCUCCUGACAGUGACCAUGGCGCCGGUGUACAGCAAGUACCUGACCGUCCGCAACUCCUCGGCGGCUGGGGGGGCGCUCCUCCUGCUCUACCUGAUCAGCAAGCGGAGGGGUAAAAGUGUCAAGAAACCUGUACAGAACAAUGAGAAAGAAGCCAAAAAAGAAAAGGCAGUGGUUGACAGAGUUUUCUUUGCACGGAUUGGGCGGAUAUUGAGAAUAUUGGUUCCAAAAACUAUCUCAAAGGAGAGUGGAUACCUGCUACUUAUAGCUGUCAUGCUGAUUGCACGUACAUACUGUGAUGUUUGGAUGAUUCAGAAUGGCACUUCUAUUGAAAGUGCAAUCAUUGGCCGAAGCAGAAAAGAUUUUAAGAAAUACCUUUUCAACUUUAUCGCUGCUAUGCCUGCCAUCUCAUUAGUGAACAAUUUCUUGAAGUUUGGUCUCAAUGAACUUAAAUUAUGUUUCCGGGAAAGGUUAACAAAGUACUUAUAUGAUGAAUACUUAAAAUCUUUCACCUAUUAUAAAAUGGGAAAUUUGGACAACAGGAUAGCAAACGCAGAUCAACUUCUUACACAAGAUGUUGAGAGGUUUUGCAACAGUGUGGUGGACUUGUACUCAAACCUCAGCAAGCCAUUUUUGGACAUUGUUUUGUAUAUCUUCAAGCUGACAAGUGCUAUUGGAGCUCAGGGACCAGCAAGCAUGAUGGCUUACCUGCUUGUUUCUGGACUUUUCUUGACUCGUCUCAGGAGGCCAAUUGGUAAAAUGACCAUUGCAGAGCAAAGAUAUGAAGGAGAAUACAGAUAUGUCAACUCGCGGCUCAUUACCAAUAGUGAAGAAAUUGCAUUUUACAAUGGAAACAAAAGGGAAAAGCAGACUAUUCACGCAGCUUUCAACAAAUUGGUGGAGCACUUGCAUAACUUCAUUUUGUUUCGUUUCUCUAUGGGCUUUGUCGACAGCAUUAUUGCCAAAUAUCUUGCAACUGUGGUGGGUUACCUGGUUGUCAGCCGUCCUUUCCUCACACCAAAUCAUCCGCGGCAUCUGAAGAGCACACAUGCUGAGCUGCUCGAGGAUUACUACCAGAGUGGAAGAAUGUUGCUGAGGAUGUCCCAGGCACUGGGCAGAAUUGUGCUUGCAGGUCGGGAAAUGACAAGAUUAGCAGGUUUCACAGCCAGGAUUACAGAAUUAAUGCAAGUGCUGAAAGAUUUGAACAGUGGGAAAUACGAGCGGACUAUGAUUUCUCAACAAAAUGGAGAUUUAGAUGCCAUACAGACCAUCCCGUUAAUACCUGGAAGUGGGAAAAUUAUCAAUGCUGACAAUAUAAUUAAGUUUGAUCAUGUCCCUCUUGCAACACCAAAUGGGGAUGUUUUAAUCAGAGAUCUAGACUUUGAGGUGAGAUCAGGCGCCAAUGUUCUUGUUUGCGGGCCUAAUGGAUGUGGAAAGAGCUCUCUGUUCCGGGUGUUAGGAGAGUUGUGGCCUUUGUUUGGUGGACGUCUGACCAAGCCUGAACGAGGAAAACUUUUUUAUGUACCCCAAAGGCCGUAUAUGACUUUAGGGACAUUAAGGGACCAGGUCAUAUACCCAGACACUCAAGAAGACCAGAAACGGAAAGGUAUAUCUGAUAAGGUAUUGAAAGAAUACCUCGAUAAUGUCCAGCUGGGCCAGAUUCUGGAUCGUGAAGGUGGCUGGGACAGUGUUCAAGAUUGGAUGGAUGUUCUCAGUGGAGGAGAAAAGCAGAGAAUGGCAAUGGCAAGAUUGUUUUACCACAAGCCACAGUUCGCAAUUUUGGACGAAUGCACAAGUGCUGUUAGUGUGGACGUAGAAGGGUUCAUAUAUGACCAUUGCAGAAAAGUUGGAAUAACUUUGUUCACGGUUUCCCACAGAAAGUCCCUGUGGAAACACCACGAGUACUACCUUCACAUGGAUGGCAGAGGGAACUAUGAUUUCAAGCAGAUCACUGAUGACACCAUUGAAUUUGGAUCUUAAGUGUCUUCUGCUCAUGAUUAUGAAAAAAUACAGAGAAAAUCAAAUUAACUCAUGGAAGAAAAAACUUUAAAACGGUUUUAUUCUUUUUUUUUUUAGAGAGAGAUUACUGCAUAAUUCUAAACAAUCCGUGUCUAAUAUAGAAUACUGAUAACUGUGCAUUCAUCAACUAAGUUAUUAACACUAAGAAUACAAUGAAAUGGCAAAUCCGGUGCUUGCAUUUUUGGAUCUGGUUAGUGAAUCCGAAAUCAACUCCUGUGAUUUACCUAGCCAGUAGAAGAGGGGUUUAUCCGGUUUUCAUAAGGUUUGGAUAUGAAAUGUCUCCUCAGUUGUCAUAAAUUAAGAUAAGGUACCAAGGUAUUGUGCUACCUUUUUUUGUUGUUCCUAUCUGGCAUGGGCUGCCUUUUAAAAGAGGACUUUUUUUUAUUUUUUACUAUGUUUUUUUUUUUAAAGAAAUUCAUCCAAGCCUUUGACAUGGCGCCCAUUAUAAUGUUAUUUAAACAUGCGUAGCAUAACUUCCUCUUAAAUUAAUCUCAGGUUAACUUUUUAUUUGAAGCCAUUACCUGGUAAUAGGGAGAAGAAAGAAAAACAAAAAAGAUGACAUGCACUAAAUAUCAAAAGUUGUGUUUAAAUUCCGGUUUAAAGAUUAUGCGCAAAAAUAAAUGAAUGUUAAUUUGAGAAGAUAUCCGUAAUGAGUUGGUCAGCGUGUAAUAUGUACACCACUAUAUACAUCCCAGGGAAUUGUAGCCCUUUAAACUCCACCAAACAGCCAUGUGCUGGCUUGUUUUAUCAUGUUGAAUAUGCCAGUUGGACUGAUUCUGUAUAUCGUUAAUUUUAUAUAAUGUUUGAUUUACUCCUCCCAGAUACAGAUUUCAAUGUACUUUCCAUGUGAUUUUGAAUAACCUAUUAACUUAAUAAGUAGUUGGAUGAAUUUUUACACUGUUAAAAGGAGCGUGCUCCAUAAGGUAGUGAACCAUUUAUUGUAGAUAUGUCUUCUGCGGCAGGGUGGGCUGAAUGGAUAUAUUGUAACAUAGAAAUGUGCUUCUUGAAAGCAUGCACUGAGUAUGCAAUAAAUGGGGUCUAUAUAAAUCCUC